GCAGAGGCUGAGACUCCUACUCAGGAAGUCCCCUUCACUUUGGCUGUGUUGCAAAACGGCCUCUUUAAACAUAUAUCGACACCCCCACCCCCUCCCUCCUGAAUACACACACACACACCUCCUCAAUCCCAAGGCUAGGGUGUGCGGUUCUUCAUGCAUUCACUCUCCUGGAGGAGGGGGUGGGGGAGUUGCACGCUUUCUGAUGAGUUAACAGCCAAAGGCAAAAAAACAUUAAAUUAGGGGAGGGGAGUGUCUCUGCCCAUCUCCGCGUCUGACAGAGCCACGGCAGAUUGGAACAGAAGCCGGGACAGUGCAGGAGGUGAUCGGAGCAAGGCCACAGCACACAUUCCUUUCCCUCCCCAGGUCAAGCAAGCCCAAGGCUGGUCAUGUCUAAGAACAGAAGGUCCCGGUGGUAUUUCGGGGGCUUGGCUUCCUGCGGGGCAGCGUGUUGCACGCACCCUUUGGAUCUCCUCAAGGUCCACCUGCAGACCCAGCAGGAAGUGAAGAUGAGGAUGACUGGGAUGGCAAUCUAUGUUGUUCGGAAUGAUGGCUUCCUGGCCCUCUACAACGGACUGAGUGCCUCACUGUUCCGCCAGCUCACCUAUUCCCUGACCCGGUUUGCCAUCUAUGAGACAGUGAGGGACCGGCUGACUGGAGGGAACACACAGGCCAUUCCGUUUUACAAGAAAGUUCUCCUCGGAGCAUUCGGAGGGUUCACUGGGGGCUUUGUCGGCACACCAGCUGAUAUGGUCAACGUCAGGAUGCAGAAUGACAUGAAACUCCCGGCUCCGGUUCGGAGGAACUACAAACACGCUGUGGAUGGCCUUUACCGAGUCCUUCAGGAAGAAGGCAUUAAGAAGCUGUUUUCUGGAGCAACUAUGGCAUCAACCCGUGGGGCCCUGGUUACGGUCGGACAGCUGGCCUGUUAUGAUCAAGCAAAACAAUUAGUCCUCAACACUGGCUUCCUGUCAGACAACAUUUGCACCCACUUCCUGUCCAGUUUUAUCGCUGGUGGCUGUGCCACAUUUCUCUGCCAACCACUGGACGUUCUCAAGACCAGACUGAUGAACUCGAAAGGGGAAUAUCGGGGUCUCUGGCACUGUAUCAUUGAGACGUCUCGAUUGGGCCCACUCGGGUUUUACAAGGGUUUAGUUCCAGCUGGAAUCCGGUUGGUCCCGCACACCGUCCUGACUUUCAUUUUCCUGGAACAGUUGAGGAGUCGCUUUGGAUUUCUGGUGCAGACAUGAUCAGCUGAUCACCAUUCCAAUCCCUCAUUGACCUCUUUCCUCUUGAAUGAUCAACCUUUCACUGGAAUCCUUUGCGAAUCUCAUCAAGUUUCCCACAAUCCAGGCCCCACACCUGUGCACGGAGACCCAGGGCCUGGUCAGUAUUUUAUUGUCUUAACUAACCAUCAUGUGUCGACUUGCACUGCUCUGUCCGUGAUGGGGGAGUGGUUACAGACCUCCCUCUCCCUCUACUAAAACUGGCAGGAAACCUCUAGUCGCUGAUCUCCUGUUGUAGAAAGUCUGUCAGUGCCUUAAUUAUAAAAUGGAUCCCUUUCCACUCUCCUGAGUGAACCCUCUCCCAUUCCUCAUUAGAAAAGCUCCCUUCUCUGUGGUUUUUACUGGCUCUGUUGACAUUGGUAAACUGGGUGAUGCCAGUGAGGGGUGACGUUGAUGGAGGUUCUAGAAUGAUCUGUAGCCAUCACCAUGUCAACCCUGUUCAGCUGGAUAGCAGUUGGCACCUCCAAUGGCUGUCAUUGCCUCUGCCAAUAAGAGAGCACCAGGAGUGCUCACUUGCUCACGUUGACUUCCAUGGUCGAUCAGCCAUGUGUGUGUCAGAGGCUCACAGUGUCGGAGUUUGAUGUCGGGUCACACUGCUCCAGGGAAUGCAUCUGAGUUAACAUCUCGAUUCCAGUACAACACCGUGCCAGUUCAGACACAGUCUCACGUUGGACCUGAAGCAUUAACUGUUUUUCUCUCUCUCUAUCAAGGCUGCCAGACUUGCUGAGUUUCUUCAGCAAUUUAUAGUCAACAUUCCAAAAGCAUGACACGGUGACCAAGGGCAAUUGGGGAUGGGUCAUAGUGCUAAUGAUAACCACACCCUGUGACAAUUAAAAAGCCAUCCAUCAAUCAAUAGCCUUCCUGGCUUGACUAUUUGUCCAAUCUCAGAAUGGAAGUGGAAAGUCGUUUCCUCCACCCCCCCCCCCCCCCCCCCCCCCCCCCCAAUAAUCUAAUAAUGUGUACUGAGUGAUAAGACAUUGAAAAGGGUCAGACUAGGUUUUGUGUUCCAGUUAAAGGAGUCAGACUUGAAUUCAAAAUCUUCAGACCCUGAGGCAAAGACAGAUGUAGAAAUACUGUAGGCUGCUGGACUAUUGCAACAAUUUGAAUGGAAUUUGAGGGACCAGGAAGUCCCAACAGUCAGUCUCUUUGGGAAGGAGAGGGAGUUUAAUUGCAGCUUUUUGAAAAUUAGUGUAAGGACAUUGCCAGUCGUCUCUGGGUAUCAGCACGUCACUGAGUGGAUUAAGGUCUGAUCACAGAGUUGGAAGUGUUGCAUUCCUAAUUUAGAACUGCGCGGAAGGAUGGGCCGGGACACAAUAUCGGUGUAAAUUCCAAUGUUUAACAAUAAAAUCACAGCUCAAAUCA